UUCUAAACUGCGCUUACUUUGGCUGCCCAAUGAGAACUGACGCCUUUUUCUAACACCUGCGAUCUGGUAUUACGUUGUUCCAUUUGUCCUUCGCCAUACGCGUAAUGCUCACCGCUUGAAGAGUCUAGUCACGGGCGUUCAGGAAAAUGCGAGUGUUAAAUAUAAGAGCCGUUCUCCAUCGAGAAAAGAAUAUCCAACAAGCUGGACCCAAGACCAAGGUUUUGGAAGAACUUGAUGACAGGACUGCAAAAUAUGUGAUACUGUCACAUCGUUGGGGAACGGAGGUUGAUUACGAUGACAUGACUGGACUCAUGAAGAUGGACGAGCAAGACAGGGAGGAGGUCAGGGGGCGCGACGGCUACCAGAAGAUCAUCAGGAGCUGUGAACAGGCCAAGAAAGACGGUUACAUGUGGUUGUGGGUCGAUACGUGUUGCAUUGACAAGCGUAGCAGCGCGGAACUGUCGGAGGCAAUCAAUUCAAUGUAUCGGUGGUACCAAAACUCGCAGAGGUGCUACGUGUACCUCGGUGAUGUCGACGACUCAGCCUUUCCUACAAAACAAGACUUCACCAGGCCUGGUUGGGUCAACGGUUGGCCCGAGUGGUUCUCGCGGGGCUGGACACUUCAGGAGCUCAUCGCUCCGGCGGCACUCGAAUUCUUCAACAAGAACUGGGUGUCCAUAGGGAGGAAACAGGACCUGACAGCCGCGUUAAAGGACAUCACACAAAUUCCAGAGGAAGUGUUGAAAGAUGCAGGGGUUUUGGUUUCGGGAAGUACCACCUCCGGGGAACGCCCGCUCGUUGCUCACAUCAUGUCGUGGGCCGCUGACCGGAGGACGACACGAAUUGAAGAUCGAGCGUAUUCGCUGAUGGGCUUGUUUGAUGUGAACAUGCCGAUGCUGUAUGGCGAGGGCUCAAAAGCAUUUCAGCGGCUUCAGCUGGAAAUUAUCCGGGUAUCUAGCGAUCACAGUAUAUUUGCAUGGAAUCCCAACAGACAGCUUGGGGAGUGGUCGAGUGUCCUGGCAGCUGACCCGAGCUGCUUUCAGGGCCGUCACGACAUCGAAAGAGUGGAUUCUUCCAGGUUAGUCGAGGAAGUAAACGUGUAUAUGCGCAAGAACGACGAGUUGGAUAACGGAAGGCGGAAUACCAGAAGAUGGAAUAUUGGCAGAAGGCGGACUCAUACCAGAGAGUGGGCAGUGGACUUCCUUAAACUUUCCAUGUUCAAUGUUACGAACGUGGGCAUCCAAGUGUCGUUGCCUGUCGUCCUCCAGUCCAAUUUCGGUCCCAAUCCCGAUUCCGCUUCCGAUAUCUAUUCUCCCCGCCCAUUUAUCUUGCCCCUCUCCCCUGUUAGUACCCUCGCCUCGCCUACUCCCCCCCCCUCGCCUACUCCCCCCCUUUCGCCUAUUAUUUCUCCCUCGCCUAUUAUCCCCCCCUUGCCCAUUACCCCCCCGCCGGCACUUGUUGUCCCCCCCUCGCCUAUAUCCCCCUCAACUACCCCUACUAGUACCCGUGCUUCACCUUCCCCUCCACCUCCCGUCUCACCCCCUCUCCCUUUCCGCUCCCAAUCCCAAUUCUCCAAGGCCAUGUUACCAUGCCUUGAUCGUUCUGGAAACUUGAUCACCCUCAACCUGGUAUCCCGUGGACUUAACCACGGCAGGUCUUUCGAGACUGUACGCGUUAAUAAUAACUCAGAACCUCGGUUUACGUCGCUUUACCUUGCUUACAUUCGAGGCAACGAGGAGAGCUACCGCGACCUUAGGCUCGAUGACACGUGCGCCUUGCGGUAUGGCUUCAUCCGUCAUGGCACCUUCCCGUGCGAGAUUACAGAUAGUAUUGUCAAACUCUCGCAAGGAAACAAUCUCAUCAUCUUAGUCUACGCCAAUGACAACGCCAAAUGUCGCUUUGCAGUUGGACUUGGAUGCUCCCUUGGUAAAGUAUGGACACGUGUUGUUUGUGAUGAAUCCUCUGCGAAGCAAGAGCCGUGGUUAUCGUGGGCCGAUUUCGCCAGACAAGUAUAUGGCAUCCUGUGGGAUGUACCUAUCAGCGAGGGCAAUUACGCAACUCGCAAUCCUAUCGUUAACGAUGCUCAUCUUUCCCAAUCCAUUUGGAAUGCAAGGGUUGUCUGCAGCCGCAGUACCGGUAGCCUUACCUUCACAGAUGUGAUGAUUGAUAUAGUGCAAUGCCCUGGUUGUUGUACUGGGCCACUUGAAUGCACUUAUACGUCUGUGGCCGACAAACCAUGGCUUCCGUGGAGAUCGAAACGUGUUGCUUCACAUACGUUGACAAUAGACGGGAAAGACACAGAGUUUGAUAAAUGUUCUGGUCAAGAGAUUGCGGUGAUUAUGGCGACUCUUCCUAUGGCAAUUUCAAACGUUGCGGCAACAUAUUUGAGCAUAUGCGGGAACUUGGUUUCGAUCCCACAGAUUGCGUUUAUCGCCCAUUCGUCUCUUACGUGUCCUACCAUCCCAGCUCAACUGACCCUGGAAGUAUGCCCAUGAUGCUGCAUCAACCGAGUGGACUCUCGCUUCCGAAUACUGAAGGAAUUCGGCUACUAUUGAACGCCUUGUCCACCCGCCUUGCAGGCAAACUUCUCGUAACAACAGUCAUAGAAUGCUCAGCAUUCGACAAAGACGAUGGCAAGGAAACAUUGCAGCGGAAGCGGAGAUCGUGGUUGAAGUGGAAGUGGAGGUGGAAGUGGAGACGGGGACGGGGACGGAGGGACGUGGGAAGUGACUCACCAUCAAAGGAUGGCAAUCA